AUGCCUAGGAAAGCGAAUUUGUUGAAGUCGCUGGCGAGAGGUCGUGUGCGUACCUCGUUUAACAAAUAUAAUUUGUUCAAUCUCUACAAGAAGGGCCAGGUGGAUUUCAGAUCAAAAACCUUGUAUCAACAAAAAUGGACCGCUAAACAAGAAACUAGGGCUUACCACGGAGAGCAUUUGACCGAAGGUAGAUGGCAAGAGGUAUUUGACCCAAAAUUGGACUCUGUUGCCCAAUUAGAUGCUUCCUUGCGUGGUGGUGAUAUCCAGGAGACACCCUUCCUGCUGCAAACGUUCGCUGUUUUGGAGAAAAGACUAGAUUUUGCAGUUUUUAGAGCUAUGCUCGCGUCAUCCGUUAGACAGGCCCGUCAAUACAUUCUUCAUGGAUAUGUGUUUGUCAAUGGUGUCAAAAUAGCACAUCCAAACUAUACGUUGAAAGCGGGCGAUAUUUUCCACGUAAAGCCAGAGAAAGUAUUACAAGCUCUAGGUGCAAGAAAGCCUAGUUUAGUGGAAGCAUUGAAAGUGGAUAAUACCCAAGUUGUCUUGUGGAACAAGUACGUGAAGGAGGCAAAAGAAAGCCCCAGAGCUGCCUGGGACGCCAAGUUGGCUAAAUUACGUGCAAUGCCAGACUCACACCCACGGAAACAGAAUUUCAUGGAAUUUCUAAGUCAGUAUAACCAAACUGUGGAGCGGGAAGAGAUUAGAGAGAUGCGUUCUUGUACACCAACCAAUUUUUUGGCCAAGAUUAUAGCCGUUUACGCUAACAGCAGCAAGGAUCUUGAUUCCCUGGCCCAAAUAGAUUUUUCAACUGUUGUCGAGAAGGAUGAAAAACUGGCUCCAUUGGCGUUUGAGUGUUUCCAAGAGUUUGCCAAGUCUGGAGAAAUCUCCCACGAUAAGAUAAAGGGAAAAAACUCGGAAGAACUCUCUAGUUUAGCUGACGACCUACUUUCCCCAUCCGAAGAUGUCAAGAAGAAGCUAUCAGAUACCGCCAAGGUAUCCAUUAGAUCGGGGAAGAAGCACCUGUCCGAGUUAGUGAAAAUUUACAGCGAAGUCAUAAGAAAAGGUUAUGAAGCAAAGAAAGGUGAUCAAAAAUCCAUCGAUAUUCCAUUUGAUGAAAAAUGGGCCGAGAAACUAUGCUCCCACGAGCGUCUGGAUGUGAAAGCCUUAAUGGAUGAUGAGGCCAAGGCCAACAAAGCCAUAAAACUGCCUUGGCAGGAUCACGUUUAUGGUAGAAAGAAUCCAAAGAAGCCAUAUUUUACUCCAUGGAAACCAAGACCAUUCUUGGCACCUUUCGCAAUUUUGCCACAUCAUCUUGAGGUAUCGUUCAAGACUUGUCAUGCCGUGUAUCUAAGAGACCCAGUGGCACGUCCUGGUCACUCUGAAGUCAUCUCUCCAUUUGAUCUACCCGUCCAUGAACGUGCUUACAUGUACUAUAUAAGGAGAGGUAAAUGA